AUGAAAGUACUAUCUGAAGACAGAACUAGAAUUCUUUUUGAAAAAUUAACUAAAUACAUUGGGGUAAACGUGAAAUUGUUGAUAGAUAGGCCAGAUGGAACGUAUUGUUUUAGAGAGAAAAAAGAUAGAGUGUAUUACAUAUCAGAGCGUCUAUUACAGUUAGCCCAGACCGUGAAACCAGAACAUCUAGUCUCGGCGGGAACAUGUUUUGGAAAAUUCACAAAAACCAAUAAAUUUAGAUUACACAUUACAGCAUUGACUUACAUAGCUCCAUACGCACCAUACAAAAUUUGGGUGAAACCAUCUGCAGAGCAACAGUUUUUGUAUGGACAUCAUGUUAUUAAAAGUGGUUUGGGAAGAAUCACAGAAAAUACACCAAAACAUCAAGGUGUUGUUAUAAAUACAAUGUCGGACAUCCCUAUUGGCUUUGGAGUGACUUCGAGGACAACUGCUGAAUGCAGGCACGCUGACCCUCUGGCAACAAUAGCAUUUCAUCAAGCAGACAUUGGAGAGUAUAUACGUUCAGAAGACACGUUAAUA